CCUCUCGGUCCACAUUGAUGAUGCGAGGCUCUUGCAGUUCAUCACUGGUACCCCUCGCUGCAGGACUGAGAGUCCAGCCUCUCUGCACCAGGAUUGAUGCCUCUGGUGGCUUUUUGGUGAGCGGGACGCGACUGGACAGCAGGACAACAGAUUUGGCCUAUGGGAAUACUAAGAAAAAAUACAUCAGAAUUGAAAUAAAGGGAUUUACUGUGCUAACACCAUCAGCACCUCCAAAGAAAUUCCUCUGUUCUUCUUCACAGGCGUAGCCUUUUCCCCCAGAUAUUUUUUUAGGCAACCAUGUCCCGGAGAAAGGUGAGAGGCCUGACCCGUACGGGUCGUCAGGUCAGCGAGGACCCGGACCUGGACAACCUGCUGUCCACCCUCUCCCCCGAGGAGGUGGAGGAGCUGGAGAAGGACAUGAUGAAAGUGCCAGAAAUCAAGCCGGAGGAUGGGAAGGUCGUCGACCAGGGGGAGCCAUCUACGAGCAACAACGUCCGGGACGCUAAGCUGGACGGCAGACGGGAGACUGACCGUAAAGGGAAGCUCAGUGAGAAGGAGCAGUCAUUUGAGGGUGACCCAAAGAAGGAGAGCCGGAAGCAGGAAUAUCUGAGGAAGAGGGGCCUGAGCCAGGAAGGGAAUGACGAUGUGACAGUAGGGCCACGGGGACAAGCCAGCGUUUCAAGUGACAGAGAUGUCAAGGUGGACGACAAAAACAGCAAAGGCCUUGAAAGUUCGAAAGAGGAGCGAAGUCGGCUUUCGAGUCGAUUCAGGAAGCAGGAAAGCAAAGAGGUUGAUGUGAAAGAGGAGACCAAAGAGAAACAGGAGGACAGUAGGAUACGAGACAGGAGAGAAGCCAGAGAGAGCACAGGCAGCAAAACAAAGGACAUGAUCUCUAAACUACAGGAAAAAAAGGACGACGGCAAAGAGAGGAAAGAAGACUGCAGGAGAAAAGACGAGAGCAAAACCAAAGACCUUAUCUCGAAGCUGCGAGAGAAACAGGAGAAGGACGUGCCCAAGGAAAAAGAGAGAAGAUCUGAGGGCUUCAGGACACAAGGACUUGUCUCUAAAAUGUUGGAGAAGCAGAGCAAGGCGCAAGAAAGUCCGGCCCCGGAGAGUAAAUCAGAAGAGAAGCACCCUAAAGCAGAGGAGAAAAAAGCUGAAGAUAAAAACAAGCCCGAUGCCAAACUUGAGCGACAACCGUCAGAGAGGGGCGAGGUGCAGGUGAAGCAUGACAAGGCUGAGAAGAGAACAGAUAGAGAAGAGCUGGUUAACCACAGCGACCACGUGAAAGAGAAGGAGAAGAAGAGUAGCAUGGAGAAGAAAGUAGAGGAGAAAAAGGACAAAGAGGAGAGUAAAGGAAAAGUUAAAAAACCUGAGGAAAUUGGCAACUGUGUGGCCAAGAACUCCCCAAACAGCAAGGCGAAAGAAGAAGAGGAGGAGGACGAAGACUCGAGCAUGUUUGAUGAGCUGAUGGAGCAGGUUCGCAGCAACGACCCCUCGCUCAUCGAACUCAACGUCAACAACUCGGAGGUCAUCAAGACGAAGACGCUCAUUGAGUUUGCGGAGGCUUUGCACAAGAACACCCACAUUAAGAAGUUUGCUAUUGCGAACUGCCGCGCCGACGACCACGUGGCUUACGCCAUCGCAGGCACACUGCGCGCCAACAAGACCAUCACCAGCAUCAACGUGGACUCCAACCAUCUCACCGGCAAGGGCAUCCUGUCUCUGAUCCAGGCGCUGCCGCACAACUCCACGCUGACCGAGCUGCGCUUCCAAAACCAGCGUCACAUCUGCGGCGGGAAGACCGAGAUGGAGAUGACCAAAAUCCUGAAAGACAACACCACCCUGCUCAAACUGGGCUACCACUUUGAGUUGGCCGGACCCAGGAUGACCACGACAAACAUACUGAGUCGCAACAUGGACCGACAGAGGCAGAAGCGCCUGCAGGAGCAGAAGCUGGCCCAGGCCAACGGGGAGAAGAAGGGGACGCUGGAGGUACCCAAGGUUGGCGGCGGAGGAUCUCUGAGAGGCUCGCCCAGAGCGUCCCCCAAACCUUCUCCCAUACCGUCACCGAUGCCGUCACCAAAGCUGACUCCUAAAAGAGGAUCUGGAGGUCUAGCUCCACCGCCACCUCCGCCUCCUCCCGGGGGUGGACCUCCGCCUCCUCCGCCUCCUAUGCUGAAUGUAGACUCCUUGAGGAACUCUCUGACCCCGGUGUCAAAGAGGAAGAUGGACGGGAAAAGCCCAGGCGGUAGUACGAACUCAAGGGACCAACUGCUUGACUCGAUCAGAGGAAGCGAUAAGAAAGCACUCAAGAAGGUGCCGGUGCCAAAGUGGUUGCAGUAAUGUUUCGUGUUGGAAUAUGAAGUGAUAAAGAAGAGAGAGGAGAUAAACUCUACGCUCCCCGGAUGCAGUCGAAGAACUGCGCUGUGGGACGGAUGGAGAAAGUGCAACAUGAGAUGCCCAUCGGGUCGGAUGACCAGCCCUCACUAUGAGUUCUCCCCUCAAACACUGGACCAAAAGGACUCUGUGGAGAAUGAGUGAUGCGGGGCUUGAGUUUUGUCAUUGUUUGUCCUCCGUACAUUUUGCCGCUUUGCUGGUUAUUUGCACUAGAUAAUAAUGAAGCCGAUCAUAUAACACGUUGGCUCGUGUAUGCAUCUGAAUGCGGGCGUGAGCGAUGAGCUUCUUAAUAAGACAUUCAGAUAACUCUUUAUAAAAUUUUAAUAUACAAAAAAAGUUUAUCAGUUACGUAGUGGACAUUAAUUUGACCAUUUUAUUUAUUUGUGGAGAGGGAAUCCACCUUAUACUUAUACAUAAGUUAUCUGUUCAAACUGGGAAAUGGCGGAAAUAUCAGGGAAUUAACAAACAUGGCGGCCUGACUUAAGAAAAUCUGGGUAAGAAAAUCAAGGUGGGUUGAUUGUGUGUCUCAUUGCCAAAUCUCAAGACAUCUCAGGCAGGGUUUAUCGGAUUGGAAAGCAGCCCAGAGGAAUCCUGGUGCAUGACGAAAGAGUUUUAAGCACGGAAAUAAUUACAUCAUGCAUUUUUAUCAGGAAGUGCAAAUGUCUGUCCUUCAGUAUCUGAUGUUAUAUUUUGUACAGAAUCAUUCUAGCCUGGGUGUUUGAAUACCUUACAUAACGUGUAAUGUAAUACAUCCACAUGUCUUACCCUUAGGGGGAUAUGUAAAAACAAUUACUGGCUUAUAUCAACCCUCCUGUACUUUUAAGUGAAUGUCAUUUCUAAAGGAACUUAAAUGUGAUAAACAAAAAUCAGAGAGGGGCACUCAUGUGUGCACGGUGUAAUAAAGGAUUCUCUGUCAUAUCUGAUUACACAUGCAUUUCUUAUGGAGCCUGUAUGUCUUCAAUAAAAGAUUCUGGUACGUUUGCAA